UAUAAAACGGGUGAGGAGCAACACUGGGCACUCUUCGGGCUGAAGGAGGGGUUCGCUGUUACUAAGUGCUUAGUGCUGCAACUGAAACUGGGAAAAAGAGAUGGCACCUGGCAAAAAGGGUAUCCUUGAGCGUCUGAAUGGAGGGGACGUGGUGAUUGGAGAUGGAGGCUUUGUCUUUGCUCUUGAGAAGAGGGGGUAUGUGAAGGCCGGGCCCUGGACUCCCGAGGCUACCGUCACACACCCUGAAGCUGUGCGUCAGCUGCACAGGGAGUUCCUAAGAGCUGGGGCCAAUGUCAUGCAGACCUUCACUUUCUACGCCAGUGAUGACAAACUGGAAAACAGGGGUCAGAGCUUAAAACUCACCGGGGUACAAAUCAACGAGGCUGCUUGUGACUUGGCAAGAGAAGUGGCCAAUGAGGGCGAUGCUCUGGUAGCAGGUGGAGUGUGUCAGACUCCAUCCUACCUGAGCUGCAAGAGUGAGACGGAGGUGAAGGCCAUCUUUAAGAAACAGCUGGAAGUUUUCCUGAAGAAGAAUGUGGACUUCAUGAUUGCUGAGUAUUUUGAGCAUGUGGAGGAGGCAGAGUGGGCCGUGCAGGUGUUGAAGGCCAGCGGAAAACCAGUUGCUGCCUCUAUGUGCAUCGGACCAGAGGGAGACAUGCACGGCAUCUCACCUGGAGAGUGUGCCGUCAGACUGGUGAAGGCUGGUGCCCAAAUUGUGGGAGUCAACUGCCACUUUGACCCCAUGACCUGUGUGAAAGCUGUCAAGAUGAUGAAGGAGGGAGUGGAGAAGGCUGGGCUGAAGGCUCACUACAUGGUGCAGCCCCUGGCUUUCCACACACCUGACUGUGGCUGUCAGGGAUUCAUUGACCUGCCAGAGUUCCCCUUUGCCCUUGAGCCCAGGAUCCUGACCCGCUGGGACAUGCACAAGUACGCCAGAGAGGCCUACAAGACUGGCAUCCGCUUCAUUGGUGGCUGCUGUGGGUACGAGCCUUAUCACAUCAGGGCCAUUGCAGAGGAGCUGGCAACUGAGAGAGGGAUAAAGGCCCCUGGCUCAGAAAAACAUGGAAUGUGGGGUGCUGGUCUUGAGAUGCACACCAAACCCUGGGUCAGAGCCAGGUCCACUCGUGCAUACUGGGAGAAUAUCUCCCCUGCGUCAGGUCGUCCUAAGUGCCCAUCCCUGUCCACACCAGAGGGCUGGGGUGUGACCAAAGGCCACGCUGAUCUGAUGCAGCACAAAGAGGCCACCAGCACCCAGGAAAUGAAGCAUGUGUUGGAGAUGCAGAAGAAGGCCAAGACCUCUGCAUGAGCGAAAUAGAGCGUGAAAAGCAAAGACUGCCAUCAUCUUGACUGUCAACAAUAGAAGGGGAUGAGGGGCUGGAUGUUUUCCCAGUUUGGUUCAGUAAUAAAAGCACUUGUACCAGCGAUGCUCCAGACGUGGAGCAUUACUAUGUAAACCCCAAACAAUAAACCUCAGUUUGUUACUGAA